AUGACCCUCGACGACAUCAGUGCAUUUGAUACUCUGCCGUACUGCCCGGAAGGCUCAGACGACGCAGAACUUGUGAAGGACGCUGAGCAUGCGUUCAGCCAGAUGGUUAAACUGAAGGCGCCAGAUGUCGUCUUGUGUUCUUAUCGGAGCCCUUCAAACGAAUCUCUUGCCCAGGAGUUGCGGAGCAUAGGAGUGGGGAAAGCUUUUGCGGAGCCGAAACUUCGAAUCACCGAUGAUUGCACCACUAUGCGAUUGAACGCAUUCCAUCCUAGCUACGUCGUCCACUAUCAGCAAAGCUACAGUUGUUUCCGCAGUACUUCUCCUGGAAUAUGUGAAAGCUUUUUCUCAUCUAUCAAUGGCAUGGGAGGAAGAAGAAUGGAUGAGCAAAUUGCGCUCACACCCCGAUGGCCCACUAUUGAUGAGAAUCGUUGGAUUGCUAUUCUCACUGCAAUCCAGCGGAAUUUCUCCAAUCUGGACUAUUUCAGGUCCAAACUCGACUCAGACAUAUUUCUAGAAAUGCUCGUUGGCGAUAAUCUGUCCUGGAAUUGUGCUGACGCAUCGCUUUUCCUUGCCGAAAUCCGAGAGAAAUAUGCAGAGAGUCCUAAUAACGGCCGGAUUUCUCAACUAUUACUCAGUCACUUUGAAACCUGGUUCACUAUUUCGACUAUCCCACAAACGCCGCGGAAGAACUACAGAAGCAGCGAUCCAAGAGGAUACUAUGAACUGCAAUAUCUGUCAAAAGGAGCGAACACGCCCCGUCAUAUGGCUCCUCUAUACGAUAUUUUCUUCAGCUUUCUUAAAGAUUUAAACCUGUCCUUCUCUCGAGAUGAGACAGGAGAGUUAUUAUCCAAUCUAUCCGCCCAACAAAACGCCUUCCUCCGCUUUUCAACAAACCUUGAGAAGGCAGCUGGGAGACGUGUGCCACUACUGACGAAGUCCUUCACGAUGUGGAGAACCAACAACUCUAAGGAUUUUAUUGAGGGGGCACUUGGGUACACUUUUGAAGGCAGACACAUUAUUGAGGAAGCUAUGCAACGAAACCGAAAUAAGCGCCUGGUUUUGCUAGGAGAUAAAGCUGUGGCAUUGGUGUUUGUUGACUCCCAGUAUAGGCACGCGGUAGAAGCUGCGAGGAUGGGAAUAACGAACUUGCUCCAGAAGUAUGCGCCUAACGAGGAAGUCACGUUGAUGGAUGUAUUCAACCAGGUCCGUUGCACCCAUCUGGCCGCCAUCCAUCUAUUCACUCUCUUGCCACUGGUGUUAAAGCUAUUUUAA